AUGACUGUAGAAGAGCGCGGGAACAUUACGCAGUCUCAAAUCAGUAACAGGAUUGCGCACACAGUUCACAAAGCGCCUGGGAGCGCUCGCGCGGACACUCUGCAGUACCUUUUCAGCAGACUUUCAAGACACGAACCUGAAGUUAGAAUUGCCAGCAUGAUGAGUUCUCACACUUGGGCCGGUAGCCCCGGCAACCUCGCUCAAGAUGAUUUGCAUGUGACGCGCACGGGCCACCCACUGCUUUUCAACCCGCUUCCCUCUGUUUGCGACCACAACCUCACCAACCCGCUACCAGAAAAGAUCUUCGAUAUUCAAGAGCCGCCUGCAGUCGCUGUCGAAAAUCACCGCAGCCACGCAGACGCGAGACAUCAAGCUCCGUCUGCUGUGCUUCUUCGACAGUUCUCGCGUCCGUACCGCGUUUGCGACACCGUUCGCACCUUGCAACAACAACUGUCGCAUACCACAGACAGCUCUUCAACUUCGCAUGAGUCGCCGUCUUCUUUCAGCAUGUCUUCCAACGAAGAUAACUCAUUCAACAACUCAAAUUCCACGAACAUGAGUGCUAAUCAAUUGCCACUCAUGGACGACAUGGAUUUGUUCUCCGCCACUGGCGACUAUGAUCCGGCAAUCUUAGAAGCUCUGCUUGCAGCCAACGACGACGCUUGGCCUGCCUUCUCUCUUGAAAACGAAGAACCGCAGUCGAGCGCAGGCGGUAUGGAUCCCACCUCGCCGCCCUCCCAACCUUUAGCGCAAUAUGGAGCUCCAACUGGUCAGAGUCUCGGUUAUACCAACAACAACCACGCAAACGGCUUUUCGGGUCCGAUGCCGUCGAAUCAUAGCUUCAAGCAGUCGGCGCCUAUUUCGAAAGACCGUAUGGAACUUGACACGACGCAAUUUUUCGCUCGUCGCCUUCCUCAAGCAUCAGCACCGAACAACGGUACUGCACCUCUCAUGACAAAUAUGAACACGCUGGCAGUGCAACGGGUCCCUGGCAUGGUUCAGCUUGGAAUUGGCGAACGACCUUCGACAGCAACAGACCAGCAUUUUCGCUUUGUGAACGCACGGCGCCCUACGCACUUCUACUUGUCCACCUUGCAGCAACACCAGGCUCAUCAUUCGAUCAACCCGCAAGCUCAGCUCGAAAACUCAUACCCAACAUAUCUUCCGCAAGUAACCACAGGCCACUCCAGUGCACAAGUCCAGCUCAGAAACAAGUCCAGCAGUGAUGAGAUCCUUCGUCAGCGUCCAGCGCUUUCGAGAUCCACCACUGGAUCAUUAGAGACGCGUGUCGAACUGAACGGGCAGUACCAACCUGGAAACACGAGCACAGAAGAUACUGGUCACCACAACAAAGCCAGCGCUCAAAACGAGCUUCACAACGAGAGUCUGGACAAAGACGACGCGGGGCAGGAGAGCUUCGAAGGCAUUCUUGAUGACCUCGAAGAUCUCACCGAAGACGAAGAGCUCGACGAGGAAAAUCCCUUUACUGCCGCUAAGGAGUGGAUCAAGGAGUGUGAGGAAGUCAUCACACCCUAUUAUCUGGCCAAGCGCAAGGACGACGUGGACGAAGUCAUGAAGCCAGAGAAGGUGAUUGAAAUCGCAGCGAGAAUCCGGAAGGCAUUGCUAGCGCAACACCAGGAGCCCGCCGCACAUUGGACGGACAUUAAGAAGAGCCGCUAUGAAAAGACCCAAGUCAACGCUCGCGCCCAGCUUGAGAAGAUUCUCAGCGACGAUCACGGCCAGAAGAAAGCACUGGCUCAAGAAAUACGACUCGUCGGUUACGUAUGCAAAGUCCACGCCGAAGGCAUCCCGAAGGCGCACUUGAAGGACAAGAAGACUUCGGGCGCGAAGCUCUACGAUACGGAACUCAAGAUGAAUGCUCAGAGCGCUGCGAGAAAUCGUAAGGCUUUGAAUGCGGGGAGCAAUGCCAACAAGAAUGAGACCAUCAAGCUCGGCAGAGAAGUUGAACGCAACGCGGAGGCAGCAGCCUUGGGAGGUAGUGGUAGUCCAUCAGAGCGGGCUGACUCUGAGCAACUGGAUGCAGAGGCUGGUGCAGAAGAUUCAGAGGCUGCUGAGAUUCGGACACGCCCAAAGCGGCGCGGGAGAAAGGCGUUUUCCACAACUCAGAAGCUGAUCUCAUCGCAAGGCCUGCCUUCCAAGCGCAGCAAGCGAAACCGAACUGCAUUGACGGAGGAUGACGGAGAGGAUCAAGAAGAAGUGACCUACUCGAAGACUUCGAAGCGCACGAAGUCUCCUACUGCUGGAGACUUUCAUUCCACACGUCGAGCUCCUAGAGGUGGAGGACGAAAGAAGAACAGGCGGCGACCGCUGACCAACUUCCCCGCCUCUCCUGAAACUGCUUCAGUCGCUCAAUCAACUCAAUCGACGCCGAUAGUUGACUUGGAAGAUGACGAGAUCAACUACGAGCAGCCACUGGCUGGUGAUGCCCAGCAGGAGGCAGGAUUUACAGCCAAUGGAGGAAACCAAGGAACUGCGUUCGAUCCAAUGCGUCAACAGCCAGAUGCGGGAUGGGAUCUGCAAGCACCGACCAUGGGCAUGCAGCUUUCGCUACAAGGUGCCAACAAGGAUUGGAACGAGCUGAACACUGAAGAACAGGAGGCUCAGCAAAGCCAAGUCGGGCAAGGCCUCCUGUUCCAGACUGGCGCAUGGACGAAUGGUGGCCAAGGUGUCUACGGGGUCGGGGAGUCAGAAGUUGAUGAGCAGCAGACUGAUCUACAAGACCAGUCGACCACCGUUGCCCCAACGGCUUCGGUUGCGAUUGAGGGCAACGAGUUGUGGAAUGGGUUGUUUGAUGUCGACGUCCAGCAAGAUGCUUAUCACUUACGCGUACAGUUCGACGAGGAGUCCAUGGGCCGGAGCAAUGAGGAUUUCGAUGGCGAGUCCUAG